CAGGGCAUGAUGGGCGGAUUGGGCCGGAAGCAGCAUGGCGGCUUCACUGCCCCGGACUCAGAUCCCGAGUAACAAUGCAGUAUACGAAAAAUACUUCCAUCAGGUGGAGUCUGGUAACUCUGGACGAGUAUUGGCUUCAGAUGCUGCACUUUUCUUGAAGAAAUCCGGUCUCCCGGACCUGGUGUUGGGAAAAAUUUGGGAUUUAGCAGAUAAAGACAGCAAAGGAUAUUUGAACAAACAGGAGUUUUUUGCAGCCCUGCAGCUGGUGGCCUGUGCGCAGAAUGGGAUGGACGUUUCUCUCGGUAGUCUUAAAAUGGUGGUUCCGCCACCCAGAUUUCAUGAUAACGCAAGUCCAGCCUUGGUAGGACCGGCAGUUUCUGCAGACAUUCCAUGGGCUGUCAAGGUAGAAGAAAAGACCAAGUACGAUGCCAUCUUCGACAGUUUGAACCCAGUGAAUGGUUUCUUGUCCGGAGAGAAGGUGAAACCGGUGCUGCUCAAUUCAAAGCUCUCUGUGGAUGUUCUCGGCAGGGUCUGGGAGUUAAGCGACAUCGAUCGCGAUGGGCUGCUGGACAGAGAUGAAUUUGCCGUUGCCAUGUUUUUGGUUUAUUCCGCCCUCGAGAAGGAGCCAGUACCCAUGUCAUUACCGUCUGCUCUGGUGCCACCGUCGAAAAGGAAAGCAAGCAGCUCUGCUACAUCGCUGCCAAUCAUUCCUCCUCUCCCGAUGCCGCCUUCCAAAGAGCCGCGCCAUCCAUUGUCACCAGUAGGGAUCCUGCCAACAAAAGCCCCCGUGGCUCAGUGGGUCGUGUCACAAGUAGAAAAAAACAAAUAUGAUGAGAUCUUCCAGAAACUAGACAAAGAUAUGGACGGCCUUGUUUCUGGGAUAGAAGUGCGGGAAAUAUUCUUGAAAACUGGAUUACCCUCUGCAUUACUUGCCCACAUCUGGUCUCUGUGCGACACAAAGGACUGUGGGAAGCUUUCCAAGGAGCAGUUUGCCCUGUCUUUCCACUUCAUCAAUCAAAAGCUGUUAAAGGGUGUUGACCCUCCUCAUGUUCUUACACCUGAAAUGAUCCCUCCAUCAGAGAGAGCUGCAGCAGCCAAGAUCCCCUCCGCACCCAGCCCCGUAGCAGAUUUCUCCGCUAUUAAAGAACUAGAUCACCUAAAUAACGAGAUUGUGGAUUUACAGAGGGAGAAGACGAGCGUGGAGCAGGAGCUGAACGAGAAGGAAGAGGCUGUGAAGCAGAGGACAAGCGAGGUCCAGGACCUUCAGGAUGAAGUGGAGCGAGAGAGCGUCAAUCUGCAGAGGCUUCAAGCACAGAAGAAAGAGGUGCUGGACGUAUUGCAGGGAUUGGACGAGCAGAAAGAAAAACUCGAGAGCGAACUUCACGAGCUAAGACAGAAAUGUGAAGAGGAGACUCGUCUGAUCUCUUCCCUGAAGACAGAGGUAGCUAGUCAAGAGACACAGAUUUGUUCUUAUGAGGACGAGCUAACCAAGGCCAAGGAGGAGCUGAGCCGACUUCAGGACGAGACCGUGCAGCUGGAGGAGAGUCUGAAGUCUGGGAAGGCACGGCUGGCACCGCUCGAGCAGGAGCUACAGGAAUCCCAGCUGGAGAUCCGUUCAGUUCAGAUGAAACUACAAGAACUGAAGGUUACUGAAAACCACAUCGGAGAUGAUCUGCGGUGGCAAAGUCAUGCGGAACUGCCGAUGGUGAACGGAACGGCGGAUCACUCGAGCCUUAGCAAUAGCAGCAGUGAACCUACUAAUCUCCACGAGAGUACCGGGUACGACAGCCCGGCCCAGCCUGAGCAUCAGAGCCGCAACUCGCCGGUGAGGAGCAGCCCAGAAAUAACCCCGAACUCUGGAAGUGACGAGGAAAGAAAAGAUGAGAGUCCACAGCCACAAGUUAUUGAAAAAGCUACUUUCCAAAUGGAUCCUUUUGAGUCAAAGCAAAGUGCUCCCCCGCCAUCUUCCAUUCAGGAGUCCGGUCUGGAUUUCUUCCAGAGCGACCCUUUUGUAGGCAGUGACCCAUUCAAUGACGACCCAUUUGGAAAAAUAGAUCCGUUUGGCGGGGAUCCUUUCAAAGACUCUGAUCCUUUUGCAUCCGAUGACUUUUUCAAGCAGCCUUCAGCGGAUCUUUUCAUGUCCUCUAAAGCCGACCCGUUCUCCUCCACGAUAUCGGAAAGCAGCUUUACCGCUGGAGAAGCAGUAAAAAGCAACGAUCCCUUCGCUCCUGGUGGGAUAGUCGUAUCGGCCGCCAGUGAAUCCGCGAAUGAGGAUCCGUUUGCAUCUGUGUUUGGUAAUGAGUCGUUUGGAAGUGGAUUUGCUGACUUUAGCACAUUGACAAAGACGACCAGUGAGACAGACCCUUUCAGCGCCACUUUGCCCUUCAAAGAAAAGAUGGCUUUCAGCAGCAAGAACGUUUUUGAAGAUGAAGCCUCACAACCAGAAGACGUUCCUCCUGCACUACCCCCAAAAACUGGAACCCCUACACGGCCCGGCCCUCCCCCACUAGGUAAGAGGCCUUCUUCCCGGGCUGCAGAUUCUUCAGACCCGUUCAAGAACAGCGAUCCUUUCCAGCAGUUUAGUGUCAGUUUCCCCAGCGAGGCAGAAUCUGACCUGUUCUCUUCCAGAAAAGGGACAGACAAGGCUGCGGGCCUCAAUAAUUUUAACACUUAUGAAUCCGAGGAUGAUAUGAUUGAGUGGGCGAAACGGGAGAGCGAGCGAGAAGAGGAGGAGAGGCUCACGAGGCUAAAGCAGCAGGAACAGGAGGACCUGGAGCUUGCUAUAGCACUCAGCAAAUCCGAGAUAUCCGAUGCGUGAGCGACAGCCUGGCUGCGGGGGGUCUGCUGUCAACACCGAACUUAUUCUUUCUGAACAUAUCGAAGAUAGUUUGCAAAGUCUACCUACGCUUAGAAGUAUUUAAAUAUCCUAUUGACCCUUGGUUUGCUAGAUGGGGGGCAAAUGUAGCUUUCUGACCUUGUAAUAUAUAAACUGGCGAUGAAUCCCUUCAUGUCGUGAAUGUGGCUGAGGAGUGAUACUUUGUAUUUUAGUGAUCUGACAGUGUUUUCCAAAUCAGCCCUGCAUAUUACACGGUGUCAUUGACAAAAGUG